AUUCACAGCACGUGCGUCAGUGAAAUCAUGCUGGACAGAACAGUACAUAAACAGCGGAGAAAUCUCCACUCCAUCACUGGCCUACCUGAGGAAGAGUACCUGAGGAGAACAACAGUGAUUUACCUACUACAACAGUUGAUUCUCCAACACGUCCUCUCCCUUUUCAUCCAGACAAGCAGCACCACCAUCAUCACCACCAUGAAGGUUCUGGUCAUCUUUGCACUACUUUGUGUCGCCCUCUCUGCUAGGGCAGCAGCAGUUCCUGUGGAGAGCGAUGCUGUGGCGGUAGAAGAGCCAAAAAGUGCCCCAGAAGAGGCUGUUGAGGUUGAGGCUCCUGUAGCAGAGGAGAAGCUGAGUGACGCCCCAGAGGAUGAUGUACAGACUGAGGCUGUUAACGAGGUGGCUGUGGCACCUAAAGCGGCACGCAGUUUCUGCCCUGACGGAUGGUUCAGCUACCAGUCCAAGUGUUACAUGUUUGUGAACACUCCUCGGUCCUGGUUCGACGCUGAGGAACAUUGCAAUGAACUGGGCGCCAGCCUGGCCUCCGCCAGCUCCUCCCCCGAGUAUCGUUACCUGCAACAGAUAACCAGAACAGCCAACAGAGCCACCGCCUGGAUCGGUGGAUUCUACCUCCAGGGAUAUUGGAUGUGGAUCGACCGCUCAGGAAUGUAUUACACCAACUGGUACAGCCAGAGCACCGCAACCAGCAACUCCUGCAUGUACCUGCAAUCUGCUGUGGGCCAGGGCUGGAGGAACCUCGGAUGUGGCACACAAUACCCAUUCAUCUGCGUGCACAACUAUCGCUGUUAGUCAACAAGAUAUUGCUAAUUGCUUGACACCUUUUCAAACUGCUUUCAACAUUGGCUUUGUUUACUACUGACUGUAAGUGACUUUAUGUGUUCGCCAAAGGGCUAAAUGUGAUGCAAUUUCAAAUGUAAUUGCCCAUUUUAUGUACCUCAACCUGUAUUGUUUCCCUGUAAUAAACAUUUUUUUAAGUACUUUA